AACUUCGUCGAAGUGGUUAUACGUUCCCUCUGUGAUGGCAGGGGGCAGGCCUCCACGAGUCCGGAAUCUCGUUGUGUCUGUAUCGUUUGAACAGUUGGGGGAGGUCGAAGAUAGUCGGAGAUGCGAAAGGGAAGUUAGGUAGAGGAGCGUGUUAAGUAAAUUGAAGAAGAAGAAGAAAAAAAAAAAAAACACUGCUCAUACGGCGCCUUUUCUUAUUUAUCCAUAGAUUUUUAGAACAAACUUCUGUGUGCGAGUAGGCUAAGCUUAAUCGCUACAUGUUCAUCAGGGACUGGACUAUUGAAUCACCGCACAGCAAAACUGGUUACAAACUUAUUUUGAAGACGGAGCUUGUCUUGCAAAACCGCUUCCCAAACAAUAAAGCGGAGUGGAAUUUCUCCCACGUUUUUUCAUGGAAAGGUAAAACCAUUUAUUUGCGUCGGCAUCAAAUAUGUUUUUCUCUUUUUACUCAUUUUCCAACUAAAACGGUCUGCCCACUUUUCGUCGGAAUGAAGAAAUUAGUCAUUUUAUAGACGGACCGCGUUGAAGCUGGUGUUGUGUGCUUUGAUUUUUAUGCCUCGUUUCUUUUCAUUUCGGGGAGUAGAAAAACUCAAUUAAACCGAGAACCGUGGACUCACAGUAUAGAAAGCUAAUUACAUUUUCCUUUACAUUUCAAUCAAACAAGUUAGUGGAUUGGAGCGGGAUCUACAAUCAACACGUUUUUGUGUGUUUUUCUUUUAACACACUACAAAAUCACGGAUUCAAAGUUUUCGUGCGUCUAAAGGAGCGCUGCGUCUCCACAUCGCCUGGCAAAAGACUGUGGAAGUGAAUGGCCUACUGCUGAUGCCCCGGCCGCCUGGAUGGAGAGUUUCCAGCUGUUCCACCCCCAGCAGUAGUGCCCUCAACAGGAUGUUUGUGCCGUGGAGCCUGCUGCUCCUCUGGGCAGUGCUUGCCCCAUUCUCACUGUCCCAGGCCCGUCCUGUCCCCAACAACCAAGUCUCACCCCAAACGGCGGAGGUGUACACGUUUUACCCAGGGGAUCGGUUAGAGCUGCACUGCGAACCCAAGGAGACCAAGGUGGUUAGCUGGACCAAGGAUGGUGUCCCAGUGCUGGACGGGGAACACGUGCACCUACGCAAAACGGAGAACCUUCAGGAUGGACAGCUGGAGAUAGAGGGCGUGGAGCCGGCCGACUCGGGCCUGUACGCUUGUUUUGCCAGCGGCCCUUAUGGCAACCACAGCUCCUAUUUCUUUGUCAACAUCACAGCUGAUACAUUGGUGUCUUCAGAAGAUGAAGAUGACGAUGAAUCUUCCUCAGAGGAGGCCAAGCUGUCCAGCAGCCAGAAAUUGUUGCCAAUGGUCCCACAGUGGGCUCAGCCAGAGAAGAUGGAGAAGAAGCUACAUGCUGUUCCAGCUAGCAAGACUGUAAAGUUCCGUUGCCAGGCCAGUGGCAACCCCACCCCCACACUCAAAUGGUUCAAGAAUGGCAAGGAGUUCAAGAGGGACCAGCGCAUUGGGGGCUUUAAGGUUCGAGAACACAUGUGGACCAUCAUCAUGGAGUCGGUGGUACCCUCAGACAAGGGCAACUACACCUGCCUGGUGGAAAAUGAGUAUGGCAGCAUAAACCACACCUACCAGCUGGAUGUUGUUGAGCGCUCCCCCCACAGACCUAUCCUCCAGGCUGGUCUGCCGGCAAAUCGCACGGCUGUAGUGGGAAGCGACGUGGAGUUUGUGUGCAAAGUGUUCAGUGACCCCCAACCUCACAUCCAGUGGCUGAAACACAUUGAGGUGAACGGCAGCCGCGUGGGUCCGGAUGGCCUGCCCUAUGUGCGCAUCCUCAAGCACUCGGGGGUCAAUAGCUCGGAUACUCAGGUGCUGACCCUCUACAAUGUGACGGAGGAGGAGAGCGGGGAGUAUAUAUGUAAAGUGUCCAAUUAUAUAGGAGAGGCCAAUCAGUCGGCCUGGCUGACCGUCACCAGACACAAAGCCUUGCCCCCCUCCCCGGUACCCAGUCAGACCUACCUGGAGGUGCUGAUCUACUGCGUGGGAUUCUUCCUCAUCUGCGUCAUGGUGGUCAUCGCCAUCAUCUUCAAGAUGCGCAGCUCCUCCAAGAAGAGCGACUUCAACAGCCAGCUGGCCGUCCACAAGCUGGCCAAGAGCAUCCCGCUGCGCAGACAGGUAACAGUGUCAGUGGACUCCAGCUCCUCCCUCCAUUCUGGGGUCAUGCUGGUGCGCCCCUCGCGCCUCUCCUCCAGCGGAUCACCUAUGCUGUCAGGGGUGUCCGAGUACGAGCUGCCCCAGGACCCCCGCUGGGAGCUGCCCCGCGACAGGUUGGUCCUUGGGAAGCCUUUGGGCGAGGGCUGCUUUGGGCAGGUGGUGAUGGGGGAGGCCCUGGGUUUGGACAAAGAGAAGCCCAACCGUGUGACCAAAGUGGCAGUCAAGAUGCUGAAAUCUGACGCCACAGAAAAGGACCUGUCUGACCUCAUCUCUGAGAUGGAGAUGAUGAAGAUCAUCGGAAAACACAAGAACAUCAUCAACCUGCUGGGCGCUUGCACGCAGGAUGGUCCUCUGUACGUUAUUGUGGAAUACGCCUCCAAAGGCAACCUGAGGGAGUACCUGCGGGCCCGCCGGCCUCCAGGCAUGGAGUACUGCUACAACCCCGACCAGGUGCCUGUGGAGAACAUGUCCAUCAAAGACCUGGUCUCCUGUGCCUACCAGGUGGCCCGGGGCAUGGAAUACCUCUCCUCCAAAAAGUGUAUUCACAGAGAUCUUGCUGCUCGCAACGUCCUGGUGACCGAGGACAAUGUGAUGAAGAUUGCCGAUUUUGGCCUUGCCAGAGACAUUCACCACAUUGAUUACUACAAGAAAACCACCAAUGGACGCUUGCCAGUGAAGUGGAUGGCUCCAGAGGCUCUGUUUGACCGGAUAUACACACACCAGAGUGAUGUGUGGUCUUUCGGGGUUCUGCUGUGGGAGAUCUUCACGUUGGGCGGUUCCCCCUAUCCGGGUGUCCCAGUGGAGGAGCUCUUUAAGCUUCUGAAAGAGGGACACCGUAUGGACAAGCCCUCCACCUGUACUCAUGAACUGUACAUGAUGAUGAGGGACUGCUGGCAUGCCGUGCCCUCUCAGAGGCCCACCUUCAAACAGCUGGUGGAGGACCUGGAUCGCACCCUGGCCAUGACAUCCAACCAGGAGUAUUUGGACCUUUCAGUACCCCUGGACCAGUACUCUCCCAGCUACCCGGACACGCGCAGCUCCACGUGCUCCUCGGGGGAGGACUCAGUCUUCUCACACGAUGCCGGGGCAGAGGAACCCUGUCUGCCCAAGUUCCCUCCACAGCCCAAUGGGGUGCCCUUCAAGAAGCGCUGAAGCACCCCUUCCCUAGAAUCUCCACACUCCCCUCUCUGCCCCGCUGGUCUGGACUCAGAUCGUUUUGGACCACGACUGCCACAGGUGCUAUUUUUUGGGAGGGGGGAGGAUUACACCCCAAAACCUUUGGAUGAGAGGCAGGACCAAAAACAAAAGUUUUGCUAUGCCCAAGGACACACAUCCGUGAGCCAUUUUUCUGGUUCCAUUCUGUCGGCAGACAUUUCUUCAGACACUCUGUGGUUUGCCCAUUAGCCUCUGAAACCAGGCUGGAGGACUCAAGGUUUCUCACUUGCCUUGUGGUUGCUCUGGCACUUUCCUUUGUGGGGGGCAAAACCCCCACUGGACUGCUGAAGGAAAGCAGGAAGACUGACUGACUAAGUGGGUGCUGGUCUAGCUGGAGAGCAACAGAAGUGAGAGUACCCUUUUUUUUUUUUUUGGGAGUGUCGUCCCCCCUGCCCGUUUCUAUUUUUGUUCUUUACACAUGACUAGUCAUGCUUUUCAGGCCAAAUCCAUAAAUGAAUAUCACCAAGGCUGCCAGAGGGCUUAGCUUCCACUGUGGUCAGUCUCUGCGUUCAGACCAGGGCCGGCAAGCAUUUUUGUAAAUACAGUUAGAAAUUUAUAAAUAUGAAUAUAUAUUUACACUGUACUCUUAUUUUUAUUAUUUGUUUCUUUUUGUACCAGGCGGCUGAUGCUUUAUUGUAUUUUUGGAAUGUUGUCUAUGGGGGAGGGGGAUAAUGGGGAAAGGGGAUAAAUUUAUGAGGGGUUGCCAAGAUUUGGUGUUUGAUGAAAUUAUGCUGAUAUUGUAUUUGUCAUGGAUUUUUUUCCCCUCCAAGAUCUGCUGCUCAACUACAUAUUUUAUGUUCUUUUUGUUGGCUGUCAUCUGACUCAAUGUGUGCUUGUAUGCAAGUGUAAGGACAUUUGUAAUUGGCUGUGUUACAAGGAAACCCAUGUCUCUGUGUUACUCUGUAAGAUAAAGUCUGUUGGUGGUGACAAUCACAAAAUUGAAAUGAAUUUUAUACUGUAAAUUCCCAUUUUCCUUAACUACUCUGACUUUGAAAGGGUGUCUGUGGCCAGUUUUCAGCUCAACCUUUAUGGACGCACAUUCAUGUAUUCUUUCUAGUGUCCUGAAUAAAGUGCACCAGGUAAUGGUUACCAAUCAUUGACAAGGGAACAGGACUGUUGAACAUCCACCAAUAAAUCUGCCAAAGCUAUGGACAA